GCUGCAGCAGCGGAUGGUUUCUUAUCUUCCAGCAGCUCGAACUCGCCGCGGAACCACAAAAACAAACGUUCGCGUCGCGUUUUGGCGCAACGAGACGCAAAAGGAGCAACUUUUGCUGCGCCGCGGCGCACUUUAGAGCGCGUAAAAGAUGAGGGGUCGCAGGUCGGAGCCGACACCGGGACCACCGGGACACUAAUCCGGUUUCUGUGCGUAAAGACAGAGAUGCUUGGUGGCCACGUCCCCUUGGAGACUGGAGAGACAACACGUGAUGAGCUUUACUUAUCAGGUUUAGAGAGAGAGAGAGAGAGAGAGAGAGAGAGAGAGAGAGAGAGAGAGAGAGAGAGAGAGAGAGAGGGCUGACGGGAGGAAUUAAAAAAGACAUUUAAAAACAUUUCGACGCCUCCUUUCCUUUCCGCUCCGCGACGCUUUUUCCUCUUUUUUAAAAAAAAUUUUUUUCCUCCGGGAGAGGAGAGAGGAAGAGAGGAAGAGAGGAGGAGGUGGAGGAGGCAGGAGGGGGAGGAGGGAGAGGAGGAGGAGGAGGAGGAGGAGAAGCCGGAGUAAAGUUUGUCCAAGUUUGCACAUCCCUUCGGAAACGCCAUUUUGAUUCCUCUCCUCUCCGGAGCAACUUUAGCCUCUCUCUCUCUCUCUCUCUCUUUCUCCCCUUUUCUUUUUUUCCCUCUCCUAUCAUCCCCCCCUCACCCCCCUCUCCUCUUUAUCAUCCACCAUCACCGCCCUUCAUCAUCAUCAUCAUCAUCAUCAUCCUCCUCGCCACGAUGUCUCGGCGCAAGCAGCCCAACCCCAACAAGCUCCAGCACCUGUGAGCAGUGGUUGCAGACACACACACAACAACAACAACAACAACAACAACAAACCCCGCCCCCUCCCGCAUCGCCCCGAGCGACACGAGCGACUAGAGCGAGCGUUGCUUUAGGAAAAAAGGACGGCGGUGAUGGAAACCUGCAGAGAGGAGCAGCGAGGAGCAGAGAAGGAGGAGGAGACGCACAACGACCUCAAAGCGAUCAACGGAGCGACGGAGGACGAGAAGCUCCAGAACGGAGACCGAGGAGGAGGAGGAGGAGGGAGGAGGAGGAGGAGGAGUCAUGGCAGCUGAAGGAGGAGGCGACCUGUCCUCCAUUAACGCCAUGAUGUCAGCGGUGAUGUCAGCAGGGACCAUCAACGGCGGAGGAGACGGCGGCGGGGAGAGCGGAGUGACCUCGGCCAACUCGUCGGCCGGGCCGUCACCGAGCCCCUCCCCCAGCAAGUCACUGACGGCCGCCAUGAGAGCCCCGCCCAGCCGCAACGCACGCCGCACACAGGACACCAAAGACGACAGCUCAGCUUUUAUUUGUCCGCUGUGUGACAAGAACUGUCAGACACAACACCAGCUCACCAUGCACAUCAGACAGCGGUGA